AUGGCGUCCAUAUACCGAAAUGAACCGGAUGAGUCGAUUCAGAAAAGUGCCUCUGCUUUUAGAAAAUGGCUGCGUGUUUUCGCGUGGUAUCCAUCAAGUUAUUCUAAGAAGGAAAGACGUCUGUUGAUCAAGUUGGACCUGUUUGUUCUGCUUUAUUGCUGCAUGAACUUCUUUACCAAAUACCUCGACCAGACUAAUGUCACCAAUGCGUAUGUCAGCGGUAUGAAAGAGGAUUUGAAUAUGCAAGGGGACGAGCUCAACCUUUUCACAACAUUUUAUGUCAUUGGCUAUGUCAUAUCCCAAGUUCCGGGCGUGCUUCUCCUGACAAGAAAUGCCGCACCCUACGUCCUCCCAGUCUGCGAGCUUGUCUGGGCUAUUUUGACAUUGUGUCAAUCCCGAGUCACCAAGGUGCAGCACAUGUACGCUAUUCGCUUUCUGAUCGGAUUCGCUGAAGGCCCUACAUUCCCUGGUAUCCAUUUUAUUCUGGGCUCGUGGUACAAGAAAGAGGAGAUACAUAAGCGUGCUGGCAUUUACUUCGUCAGUAGUUGUCUCGGUACUAUGACAGCUGGAUAUCUACAGUCGGCGGCAUAUAAACACUUGUCGGGUGUUAAUGGAUAUAAAGGCUGGCAGUGGCAAUUCCUUAUUGAUGGAAUUUUUACACUUCCAAUCGCAGUGGCAGGCCUUCUUCUAUUCCCUGGUAUCCCAUCGAACCCUAAGAAAUUUUAUUUCACGGAAGAAAUUGAUCCACAGGAGUAUGCCUUGAGUUCUUCCAGAUUGGAGAGAAAAGAUGAGAAGAAGCCUAAUGCCACCAAGAUUGAAUGGGCGCUCUUAAAGCGUGUAUUUCUGCGCUGGCACUGGUGGUUCUUCGUUAUUCUGUGGAGUGUGCCACAGAUCAACAACCUACCAACCAUUACGACUGGCAUAACUUUGAUCUCUGGAUUCCUCGGUGCAUCUAUGAUCGACAUCUUCCCAAAAGAGCCAAUUGUUCUUACUAUACAGCUCCUCAUGCUCUUCAGCAAUAUCUGCCUCUCCGUCUGGAACAUCCCAGAUGGACUCCGUUUCUUCUGCUAUUUCAUCACUGGCAUUGGUGGCCCCAUAUCUCCCAUCUUCAACUCUUGGGCCAAUGACGUCUGUCGAAACGAUGCUGAAGAGCGAGCCGUCGUACUCGCUAGUAUGAAUACAAUUGGCUACAGCUUCCUGGCUUGGGUUCCGCUCCUCAUUUGGCCCACCACACUAGCUCCAAAGUAUCGUGUUGGUUUCAUUACUAAUAAUGUCUUCGUCGUGCUUGCGGCUAUCACUUUUAUCAUUGGAACUAUUCUUGACAGGAAGGAGAAAAAGAAGCAGCGACUUUCGGCAAGAGAUUCAGAUGAUGAAGAUCAGACAAUUGCGGUUGUUUCACCUGACGUUAAAGGUCAGACUGCCUAG